GUAACAUACACUCACGCAAGUAGCGCCUUGAGGACACUCAACCCGCAUCCCCUUUGUGGUCCCUGGUCACGCAGCGCAGCAAACACAAAUCCCACACACGGCGACCCCAUUUUGCAGCUCAACCGACGUUGGGCCAACGUGGACGAAUCAGAGUUUCGCAUGCUACAGCAGCCCAGACUACACUUCCCUCCUUCUGCACUGGCUGCACUUGCUUCGUCUGGCCACAGCACCAAGACGGCGCCACUGGUCCUUUUGCACAACCCAACGCGCCAGCCUUGAUCCUCGACACCACCGGCAUCCCCGCUGGCGCCCGCCGACACACUCCCUGCAACUCCACCUCGGCUGAUGGGCGUUUGACGAGGCUCCAGCCCGGUGACAUCAGUCAUUCCGUCGUUUGUGCGGGAGCUCUACUCCGGAGCUGGAACAAGCUUCGAGAGAGCCCCUCGGUCCAGGCAGGCAGCAAUUGUGGUCUUCGUUGUUAUUUUUUACUUUUCGCUCCUUCAAUUCUCUGUGCAUCGCCCCCUACCCCUCCUCACCCCGCUGUGAUCCAGGCCCAUCACCAACCAUGGCGGAAAAUGGCGAUGUAGACCUGUCUGGGCUCUCGGACAGCCAACAGGAGGCCCUCCAACAAUACACCAUGAUCACGGACCAAGACGUCAAGGAUGCCAUCCCUUUACUCCAGAGGUCACAAUGGAACGCCCAAAUAGCGAUCGCCAAGUUCUUCGACGGUGAGGGUCCCGAUCCGCUAGCAGCGGCAAUUGCUGAGCGAGAAGCCUACAAUUCGAUCCCCGUUGUUCCACCAAAUGGCACCAUUCGGUACGAGAGCCUCCAAGACAGCCUAGAAGGAUACAACUCGUCGGACGGGCACGUACACAGGACCGAAGCCGCUCCGAGGGUUGUUCCCCAACCUACGACGACCUACAGGCCACCCUUCCUACUCUCCAUCGUCAUGGCACCAUUCAAUAUCAUGUACCGCCUGUCAAGGAUCCUGUUCCGGACUGUCUUUCACCUGUUAUCCUUUAUUCCCCGUCCACUGCUGCCGCGGGCGCUCGGAACUGCCCUGACCAAGAGCACGUACGGACGGCGACAGCUCAUGCCGCGCGACUCGGCUGCUCGAUUCAAGCGCGAGAUGGAGGAGACUUAUGGCGCGGACGAUCUGCCAUGGUUCGACGGCGGGUCUGCACAAGCCUACGACCUCGCCAAACGGGAGCUCAAGUUUCUACUGAUUGUGCUGCUGUCCCCCGAACACGACGACACGGACACUUUUGUGCGCGAGGUCUUGUUGGCACCCGAGGUCAUGGCCUACGUGAAGGACCCCGCCAACAAUAUUCUUCUAUGGGGCGGAAACGUGCUUGACUCGGAAGCUUAUCAAGUUGCCAACGAAUACAAGUGCACCAUGUUCCCGUUUUCCUGCCUUGUGUGCCUGACGCCCAAGGAGGGCAGCACACGCAUGGGUACCAUCAAGCGGACCAUCGGCCCCACGACGGCGGAGCGUUUUCUUGCCGGUAUUCGCACUGCGAUCGGCAAGCACGCCCCGGACCUGGAUGGCGUGCGGGCCGAGCGGGUUGCGCAGGCAGCCGCUCGCAGUCUGCGGGAGGACCAAGACUCUGCGUACGAGCGGUCACUCGCAAAGGACCGCGAAAAGGCUAGACUGAGACGUCAGCAGGAGGCCGAGGCUGCUGCGGCGGAGAAGCGGGCUUUGGAAGAGGCCGAAGCUGCCGCCCGGCGAGCCGAGGCUAGAAGCCAGUGGAAGGUAUGGCGUGCAGCCAUGAUCGCGCCGGAGCCGCCCGCCGGUGAUGGCAAGGAGGUAGUGCGCCUCGCGCUCAUGAUGCCGGAGAAUACUGGGGCCGGGAGGAUCGUGCGACGGUUCGCAGCACACACGACUAUCGAGGAGCUGUAUGCAUUCGUCGAAUGCUACGGCGUUGAGGGAAGUGAGAAGGCGCCUCUGGGACCGCCCGUGAACUACAAGCACGAGUACGAAUUUCGCAUCGUCUCGGUCAUGCCGCGCGAGGUGUACGAGCCCAGUGAGACAGAGACGGUGGGCAAGAAGAUUGGGAGGUCGGGCAAUUUGAUUGUCGAGGCGACGGUGUUCGACGAUGACGACGAAUAACAACCCUGUUGAUCCAAGACUUACAUGUAUGCUUAUCUAGACAAUCCCCAGGUCACUUCUCCCAGGCUGCCAUGAAGCCAUGGUUACAGGGGUAUAUUUUGUUGUUUUGUCAUAAUCCGAGGACAAUAGAGUACCACCAUGUUGGGCCGAAAGCCACGCCCGCCAGCUCUGAUACUUCUCGGAAUCCCGAGGCGACGCAUUCCCAGCUUGGCUGGCCACGGCGGCAUCUUGGGCUUUAAAGAUGGGGCCGACAUUGUGUCCCGGUUGCGUCCGGGCUGUGUGGUAUGAGGCGUCGCACUGCGCGUCUUCCCGGGCAAGAGAUAACGAUAGUGUGUCCACAUGCCGAGUGACACCAUUCUUGGCGGCCGAGUUUUUUCCUUUUUUGGCUGCACAGUCUCAGAGUGGGAAACAACAGUCGCUAUAAGAAAGGCGGUUAAGGAUACUUAAUACAAACGCAAACACUCGCGCCCACA